CGCAGUGUGGCUCCGUGUCCGCCAGAGGGCACCGCGGUUCCGGUCUGCAGCUGCGCCAUUCGAUUGUGGAAAAUGCCACCAGAUGGCGGCUUAGGAUUGCUGCUCUUCUGAAAGGCGCGGUUUCUACUCGCGGUCUUAUUAUUUUUUUCCGUAGCCAAAAAAAAACAACAACAAAAACAAAGCAAAAAAAUUAAAACCCUCGACGGUGUAAAAUAUAUCGCUAGAGCGUUUGGUUUUCGCACGGCGCCGGACGGAGUGGCGAUGGCCGGAGGAGGCUGUGUGAUGUGACCAUCCUGGAGGUGACGUGAGAGACCCGGACAACUUCUCCUGCACAUCCUUACCAGUGACCAAGACAAAGGCUGUGUGUCCCUGAUCAGGCUCCCAGAAAACACAGCUGUACUUCGGAAGGGCUGCAGGAAGCUGCUGGGGGGGAGAAGCUUUCCACGAUGAUUACAUCGGAGUUGCCAGUAUUGCAGGACUCUACCAACGAGCCAGGCCAAGCGGAGGCCGUCAGCCUGGGUGUCAGUGAACUGGAAGACACCGGCGAGGUCAAGGGCAAGAAGAAGAGGGGCAGACCAGGCCGGCCGCCGACGGCCAAUAAGAAGCCCAGAAAGACCCCAGUGGACAAGCCGCAGUCGGGGGCGCCGCGGGGCCGGAAGCCGAAUGGCGUGGCACAGCAGAACGGCGAAGGGGACGCCAUCACCCUGUUCGAGGUGGUCCGGCUGGGAAAAAGUGCCAUGCAGUCAGUGGUGGAUGAUUGGAUUGAGUCUUACAAGCACGAUCGAGACAUAGCUCUUCUGGAUCUCAUCAACUUCUUCAUCCAGUGCUCCGGCUGUAAAGGCACUGUAAGGAUCGAGAUGUUCCGAAACAUGCAAAACGCGGAGAUUAUCCGGAAGAUGACAGAAGAGUUUGAUGAGGACAGUGGUGACUAUCCACUUACCAUGCCCGGGCCCCAGUGGAAAAAGUUCCGCUACAACUUCUGCGAGUUCAUCGGGGUGCUGAUCCGACAGUGUCAGUACAGCAUCAUCUACGACGAGUACAUGAUGGACACGGUCAUCUCCCUGCUUACGGGCCUGUCCGACUCCCAAGUCCGUGCCUUCCGGCACACAAGCACCCUUGCAGCCAUGAAGCUGAUGACUGCGCUGGUGAACGUGGCGCUGAACCUGAGCAUACAUCAGGACAACACGCAGCGGCAGUAUGAGGCCGAGCGGAACAAGAUCGUCGGCAAGCGGGCCAAUGAGAAGCUGGAGCUCCUGCUUCAGAAGAGGAAGGAGCUCCAGGAAAACCAGGACGAGAUCGAAAACAUGAUGAACUCCAUCUUCAAGGGCAUCUUUGUGCACCGGUACAGGGACGCCAUCGCCGAAAUCAGAGCCAUCUGCAUCGAGGAGAUCGGCGUGUGGAUGAAGAUGUACAGCGACGCCUUCCUCAACGACAGCUACCUGAAGUACGUGGGCUGGACGCUGCACGACAGGCAAGGUGAAGUCCGGCUGAAGUGUCUGAAAGCACUGCAGAACCUCUACACAAACCGGGAGCUAUUUCCGAAGCUAGAGCUCUUCACCAACAGAUUCAAGGACCGCAUCGUCUCCAUGACACUCGACAAGGAGUACGACGUCGCUGUGGAGGCCAUUAGGCUGGUGACCUUGAUCCUGCAGGGCAGUGAGGACGCCCUGUCCAACGAGGACUGCGAGAACGUAUAUCACCUGGUCUACUCGGCCCACAGGCCUGUGGCGGUCGCUGCGGGAGAGUUCCUGCACAGGAAGCUGUUCAGCCGGCAUGAUCCUCAGGCGGAAGAGGCUCUGGCCAAGCGGCGGGGCAGGAACAGCCCCAACGGGAACCUGAUCCGCAUGCUGGUGCUCUUUUUCCUGGAGAGCGAGCUCCACGAGCAUGCGGCCUACCUGGUAGACAGCCUGUGGGAGAGUUCCCAGGAGCUUCUUAAGGACUGGGAGUGCAUGACCGAACUGCUCCUGGAGGAGCCCGUCCAGGGGGAGGAAGCCCUGUCUGACCGCCAAGAGAGUGCCCUCAUCGAGUUGACGGUGUGCACCAUCCGCCAGGCUGCCGAGGCCCACCCUCCAGUCGGCAGGGGGACGGGAAAGAGGGUUCUGACGGCGAAAGAGAGGAAGACUCAGAUCGACGACAGAAACAAGUUAACCGAGCAUUUCAUUAUGGCGCUGCCCAUGCUGCUCUCCAAGUAUCAGGCAGAUGCGGAGAAGGUAGCCAACCUCCUGCAGAUCCCCACCUUCUUCGACCUUGACGUGUACAGUGCUGGGCGGAUGGAGAAGCACCUAGAUGCCCUGCUGAAGCAGAUCCGUUUUGUGGUGGAGAAGCACACGGAGACAGAGGUCCUGGAGGCCUGCAGUAAGACCUACAGCAUUCUGUGCAGCGAGGAGUACACCAUAAUGAACCGGGUGGACAUCGCCCGCAGCCAGCUGAUCGACGAGAUGGUCGACCGCUUCAGCCACUCCGUGGAGGACCUGCUGCAGGAGGGUGAAGAGGCGGACGACGACGACAUCUACAACGUCCUCUCGACUCUCAAGAGGCUCACAGCUUUCCAUAACGCCCAUGAUCUCACCAGGUGGGACCUUUUCGGGAACUGCUACAGGUUACUGAAAACCGGCAUCGAGCAGGGCUCCAUGCCCGAGCAGAUUGCGGUACAGGCCUUGCAGUGUUCACAUUACUCAAUCUUGUGGCAGCUAGUCAAGAUCACCGAAGGCUCCCCUACUAAGGAUGACCUUGUAGCACUGCGGAGGGUUGUCAAGUCCUUCCUGGCUGUAUGCCAGCAGUGUCUGUCCAACGUCAAUACGCCUGUGAAGGAACAGGCCUUUAUGCUGCUGUGUGACCUGCUGAUGAUCUUCAGCCACCAGCUGACCACCGGGGGUCGCGAUGCUCUGCAGCCGCUGGUCUUCAAUCCCGACGCGCAGCUGCAGAACGAGCUGCUCAGCUUCGUCCUGGACCACGUCUUCAUCGACCAGGACGACGAGAGCCAGAGCAUGGAGGGCGAUGAAGAGGACGAAGCCAAUAAGAUCGAGGCCUUACACAAACGGAGGAACCUCCUGGCUGCCUUCAGCAAGCUCAUCAUCUACGACAUCGUGGACAUGCCGGCCGCUGCGGACAUCUUCAAACACUACAUGAAGUACUACAACGAUUACGGCGACAUCAUCAAAGAGACUCUGAGCAAAACCCGGCAAACGGACAAGAUCCAGUGUGCCAAGACACUCAUCCUCAGCCUUCAGCAGCUAUUCAACGAGCUCAUUCAGGACCAGGGGCCCAACCUGGACAGGACGUCCUCUCACGUUAGUGGUAUCAAGGAACUGGCUCGCCGCUUUGCUCUCACCUUCGGAUUGGACCAGAUCAAGACCAGGGAGGCUGUGGCCACACUUCACAAGGAUGGAAUAGAGUUCGCCUUCAAAUAUCAGAAUCCAAAAGGGGCUGAGUAUCCACCACCCAACUUGGCCUUUCUGGAGGUUCUGAGCGAGUUCUCCUCCAAGCUCCUGCGGCAGGACAAGAAGACUGUCCACUCCUACCUGGAGAAGUUCCUGACGGAGCAGAUGAUGGAGCGCCGAGAGGACGUCUGGCUGCCCCUCAUCUCCUACCGCAACUCGCUGCUGACCGGCGGCGACGAGGACCGGCUCUCCGUCACCAGCGGCGGGGCCAGCAGCAAGGCCAGCUCCGUCCGCAGCAAGAAGGGCCGCCCGCCGCUGCACAAGAAGAGGAUCGACGCAGAGGAGAGCGUGGAGGGCUCGUGGCUGAUGCGCAAUGACACCAUCCAGACACCGGGGGCACUGCAGACCCCACAGCUGACCUCCACCGUGCUGAGGGAGAACCCGCGGCAGGCAGCCGAACACAUGCCGGACCAGGACUCCGAACCCGGCUCUGAGUCCGAUUAUGUCCACAACCCCCAGAUGCAGAUGUCCUGGCUCAGCCAGCAGAAGCUGGAGGAGGUGAACAGGAAGGACCGGACCGGGAUGAGCUACAUGAAGGCUCGAAGUGGGGGAGUCAGGCAGACUGUCCGCGGCCUCAUGGAAGACGACGCGGAGCCCAUCUUCGAGGACGUGAUGAUGUCAUCCCGCGGUCAGCUGGAGGACAUGACCGAGGAGUUUGAGGACACCAUGGUCAUCGACUUGCCGCCAUCUAGGAACAGACGAGAGAGGGCAGAGCUGAGACCAGACUUCUUCGACUCGGCGGCCAUGAUCGAGGAUGACUCGGGAUUCACCAUGCCCAUGUUCUGAAGAGACGGCCAUUCUGGUUCCCAGCAAGAGGGCCUCCUUAACUGUGAUUUGCCUGUUAAAUAUUUGGAAGAAAAAUGAGGAGAAAAAAAAAAUCCCCAAAAAAAAAUAAGAACAGGAGCAAAAACAUCAGUUAACUGCUGAUCUCAAAAUGGACCUGGAGGAAUAUUCCCAUUUAUGCUUUUCGCUGUGAUGAUUGCUUGUGCCAUCCUGUCUUAGGAGCGCCACACUUAUAAAAGCCUUUGGAUGCUCUUUGUAAUGUUUAAUUGAAAAAAAAAAAAGGUUAUAUCCACAGGAAUCGGAUAAGGGGGGGAGGCAUCUUUGCGGUUAUGCGGUCAUUGGUCUAACCUCGUACCGGAAUAUCACCUCGAUGGCGGGUCUGUCUUGCCGUAUUCGGCGCCCAUAGCGCAUAAUCGGGACACGACAGGUGCGAAACAUUUGGGCCUGGUCUCGCUCGAUGUUGCACGUUGAGUUUCGUGUCGGAGCCGCCCACACUGUGCCGUACGAGAGCUUUUAGCUAACUGCCCGUGUGGAAAUAGCCGGUAGUGAUAGACUAGGUGGGGGGGGGGGGGGAAUGGCGUCCUGCUUUGUUAACCACCCCCAUUCCACUGCGUUGAUUAUGCCGGGGAGAGAAAUACCCCAUCACAUGUUUUAAAGAUGAUUUUCUUGUUUUGUUGUUACUGCUCCACCAGCUGCCUAGGUCUUUAACACUGUAUAGCUUUGGGUUAGUUCACUUGUAAUGUUUUGUCUCUCUCUCACCCCCCCCCCCCCCCCCCACAAUGAAAACUGAGUAACGUACAAUGCGGUAUUCAAACCUACGAUGGGUUGGCGCCCCAUCGUGGGCUAUCCUCUGCCUUGUGACGUCCUCGUUAGGCUCCGGAUCUCCGUGACCCCGAAGCGGUUACAGAAAGUGAGUGGAGGGAGGGAUGGAUGGAAGGAUGGAUGGAUGGACAGCAUUCAAACAGGCAUCACUUUUUUUUCUUUUUUUUUUUUUUUUUGCCUCUUCCACGUGUCAGCCCACUCCUCUACUGAAAUGUAAUUUUGUGGUGUCACGUGGUUGGUCGCAUACAGGCAUAGUUAUUGUUAGUCUGAUGCAGGGAACGUCGCUUUUGGGCACAGAUUGCUCUUGAACUGUGUGUACAAUGACAUCACCCCCUUUUUAUUUCAAUAUCCCACCCUCCCAGCUACAAUAAGCCAGAUGGGUUUCAUUCCAUGUUCUCCACCAGACGUUCAUGUGCAGUCCAAAUGCAGAAUCUGUGCCCGUUCCCCACCCCUGAAGACAGCAGCUCAUGUAACCUGGGUUUUUUUUAAGUAAUAAAAAAAAAAUAAAAGUUUAAAGUAUUUUGAAUUUUAGUAGAUUUAGUAUAAAGUUUUGAAUCAAGUGAGAUUUGUCAAAUGUUUAUACGGUCCUCUCUCCGAAUGACCUAUUGCCAAAUUGUAGCCACCGUGCAUUCCCCCACCAGCAGCCCGAACUGGACAGGCCCACAGGGGGGCGACAGGCCCGGGCUCGUGCGCAGUACCGAUAGCCAGGGUUCUGGCAGCCCGCCGCGUCUCCGUAGGGGAACAGCAGAGGCUGUGUGCUCUCAGUCCAUGUCGCAGUGUGCUGUCGUAAUCGUCCUCGGAAGUGUGUUAUCAGAACAGCUAAAGUUAUAUAGUAGACUGCACAAUGACUUUCAUAUCUUGGUACUUUCACCAUGGGUAUAUAUAUAUAUAUAUAUAUAUCCCCCCCCCCCAAACUGUCCCAAUAGGUUUUAUAUUCCCAGUGUUUCUUCUUGAUUGGUUUUGCUAGUAAUCCUGUAAAUUGUACAUUUUCAAUAUUAAACAGUUUCUUUUGUACGACCUGAAGCGGAUGUAUUACGUUCCCUUUAAUAAACUGUUCUAAAACA